UCCUUCUUUCAUUUGGUGGCAGAGUGGUGAUCCGAUGAUUCGAGAAGGGAAACGGUCGAUCAGCCGAGAGUUGGUCAGAAUUUGGAGUUUGUGGACAAGGUGUUGGUGAAAGAGCACGAGUUGUCUCUCAGAGCAAUGGAGAUCGUGGACAUUGGCACUAACGGAACCGAAGGAUUUGAAGGAGUCGCUAGGGCUCCUGCGGAUGAUGAGGUGCUUCUACAAUCUACCAAGCCGGCGAAAAAAGUGAGCUUUUUUGAGAAUGGGAGGGGAUCUAGGGCUUCUGCUGGCGCUCCUGAACCAUUUUCAGAGGAUUAUGAAGAAUGCAGUGAUCGUGGUCUUCAGAGAGAUCACGCAGAGAGAUUUGGAAGGGCAGUCGCGGGAAUCAGGAUAGUGGAGCAUUCGGAACCAGAAGAAAGGAUUCACCAGCCAAAUGAUGAUGAGAGGAGCUCCGAAAGUGGCUCUGAGAAUGGAGAUAGAUAUAGAAAUGGUGGCAAGUUCCGCGGUCAGAAUGGCGGUUUGGGUGGUCUCUCUGCUCCCUUGCCUGUCCAAAUGGAGCAGAGGACAAGAGUACAGUGAUUGCACUACAUCUCCUUAGGUUAUUCAUUCGCAUCUAUGAUUUCACCACGGCUGGUUGCCUUUGCCCGUCCUUCGCCUCUUGGGAAGGUAAGAGAAGAGCUGUUGUUUCGUUGUUGUGUCAUUAUUGAUUUUGUUCUGUAGGCUUGGCUAAGCGACUGUUGUACUUCUGAACUGCCCUUUGGGCUAAUCGUUUCAGGCAUGAAUGUUGUCCCACUUCUGAUAAUCUAA